AGCCCAUUUGGCUCAUGUCUGGCUCAUCCCCUCUUGCGCGCGCGUCGGCAUGCCGAUUCCGCACUCUGCGUGGAGAGCUUUUGAGAAUGGCUGCGGGAACUGCCCCAGAUGCGUGGCAGGUGCAUGGGAGCCGAGCGGCAGCGCGGAGCCUGCGGCGUUCGCGGGCCAUCGAGUCUUCUGACAAUUUGAUCCGCAAGCUGCUGGAGAACCGCGACCAGCUCCAGGCCAAGUACACCCACCUCCUCGGCCUCGUAGGGCUGCUGCCUGCUGGGCGUGGAGAAGGAGGGCGCCGGCGAGGUACUGGCGGGACUGCCUGCGCUGAUUGCUCAGGUUCGCGGCGGGCCGCUUGCGCCAGCGGACUGGCUGCGGCGGAAUGUCGCGUGGCAUUCGCAGGCAGAAGGCAUCGACCUCAUGCACGCCCGUGCGAGAGUGCUGCGGCAUGCUGCGAAAGGGCCCCGUUUGGAGCGCCCUGUGGCGGCUGCGGCGGAUGCAGCAGAGGACACUGAAGCUGACAACAAGUUCAUAGUUUUGCGUGCGGAAGCCCCAGUCUUUCUCGGGGCGGGCAGUUGGGAACCUAUCCGCGAUCCUGCUGUAUGUGAUGCUGGCCUCCGCUGCGCGUGCGGAGCUCUGGUCUACAGCUCCCUGGCAGGCGACCCUCCCUGUGUUGCCAAAAGCGGCGUGCGUCACAUUGAAUGCGACAGAGUCGUCAUCCACCAGAAGAGCGUGUGCGAGGGUUUCCGGAAGUGUGCAGAAGAGAAUCCUCGGAACACCAGCGCCUCAUGGGUAGGCAGGCUGGUCGAUUCAGAGUCGGAGGAGGUCUAUACAGAUAAUCACGAAUUUGCUCUUGCCGCCUUGCCUGGAGGGGGAUUCAUUUUUCCGUGCGCUGAUCCUGGUGGGAACAGUUUUGGGGCGAGCUUCGACGUGCAGGCCACUUCGGAGGACGAGGCGGCGAUUUCGGGCCUCAUCCGAGCUCGGGAGCUCGAGCUGCAGACGUGGAGCGCGCGCCCACCAGUGCGGGCCAUGCGUGCGAGGUCUCGACCAUUCGUGCGUCGGCGCGCCAAACUGGAGCAACAGGCGGCCUCCUUCGCGCUCGGGAACAGGAGCUACGGGACUGGAGCGCAAGCAUUUUGGAGAGGGCUGCGAGUCAGAGACCACAGCCAUUCGUGCGGCGGCGCGAGCAGGUGAAUGAAUUGACCCGCUUGUUCGAAUGCCCGUUCGAGUGAUUGCACACAAUCGUUAUUAUCGUUCUUAGCAUGUCAAUCACGAUGGGCCGCGUGCGGUGUUGUGGCACGGACACCCGACCGCGGAGCUGCGGAACGUGUGCGGCGCUGUGCUUGGCUACUCGCCCGCGGUGCCCAUCGCGCGUGCUUUUCUCAUUGUUGUCCUUCAUAUGCGCAGCUGCCUCGUUCAUGGAAUGUAGCAGUGAGGGGGGAGCCACUGGAA